GUUUACUGUUGCCAAGCAACAGCAAAGCGCCUCAUCGAGGACCUCUUGCUACGCUCAGUUCUCGAUACAAGGGGUCACGCCGUUUUGUUUUGUGUAGUUUUGUUUUGUGUACUUUUGUUUUGCAAUGGCCGAAAAGAAGAAAGAGACGCCGAAUAUGGUUCAUGAGAACACCAUUUUUAUCGAGACUGUCAAGAAGGAGCUGAGACACCUGAAACUCCAGACAGAGGUCAGCUUCAAUCCCUACAGGAAAGGUGAGCAGCUCUGAUUUUGCGUUUCUUUAACAUUUUAUGCACGUUAGAUUAGAGAAGAUUAGCUUAGAUGGACAUUUACCGAUCCUUCUGGGAAAUUAAAACACCCAUAGUCGUGGACGUUAAACUCAAAAGAGUAUCCUCACUUAUGUUUUUGUUGCGCCGCAAUCUCAGCUAGUUCCACUCCUGCUGUCAAACAAAACCAAAUAGGCUCUUUACAUGUACUUUUGCAACUAAUUUGGUUUCUAUGUUUAACAUAAAUCAGAUUCGUUUGUGUACAUUUUUGUAAGCAGACAGUUAAAUGUGAAUUAAAUAUGAACGGUCUCUUGACCUGACUGACGCGGAGUGAUACGUCCAGUCAAAAGUGACAUACCAUUAUACUGUGUACUGGCAUUCAUGGAACGUCUGUUGUCCAAUCAGAUUGCGGAAACAGAACCGCAGACUGUACUGUCAGAUGUGUGUUCUUGUCAUACCUAAUCAGAUUUUUACCAAGCAACAUUUGAUCCUGUGUGGCAUUGUAAAACUUGGAGUUGUUCUUCGUAAUGUUUUUGUGUGUUUUCACUUUUUCUCAGUGCAUCUACUGCCAGACAAACCUAUGGCUAGAAAACAACCAGAGAUCCUCGUAGAUACCAGUGAGUACACUAUAUAGGGGAGAGUGGGGUAAGUCGAGCCAAAGGGUAAGUUGAGCCACCCCCUGAUGCUUGGAAAUGGUAAAAGAAAUUGAUCAGGUGACCAAAUAUUUAGGAGAUGAGCAUCAAUUCAUGGAGUCUGUGAAGGUUAGAAGCACAAGGGUGAAGGGGUUCGACAUAUUAUCAAGACAGUUCUGUUUACACUCAUUCUGUUGGUUUGCAGGGAUGAACAUGUUGAAAUAUCUGCAGAUACACUAGUUACAGACAAAACUAUGAUUGUCUUGAUGUAGUGAUCCGAAAUAUGAAAAAUGGCUCAUCUUACCCCACUCUGCCCUACUGAUUAAGAGGUUUAAAGGUAUACCAUGUAUGACUUUAUUUAGCAUUUAUACCACUUUGAAUAGAGAAAUUAGUUUGUAUUAAUUAAGCAAAACUCUCUUUUCAGCUGAAUACAUCGAAGCCUACCGCAGGAUCCACCAGGAACCCUCAAAGAAAUACCCUGAGCCGCUGACAGAGAGUCAGAAGAUCGGUUGGUGGGCAUCUCAACUGGUGAGGAAAACACAGUUCAGGCAUUCAUUUUGGAGCAAUCACCAAAUGACUGGACUUCAGGGUGGCAUUGUGGGCAUGGAUCCCCAAUUUGUGAUUUGCUGAUCUAUCUCAAAUGCUUAAGACUCUAUUUUUGUUUUUUCAGACUCCUCAGAAGCGCAGCGACAGGCUUUAUUUCCCACGAGUCUGCACUGAUGUGACCAGACACUAAAAGUCACUGCUGCAUCAGAUCUCUAUAGAUCUGACUGUGCCUCAAAGUAUUAAAGAAUGAAAGAAGCAGAAACUUGGUGGAAAUCGUGUGAGCUCGUCAAAGUUAGAGGACUGAAAAAUGAGAAUAUUUGAAGAUCUUUUAUAUUAGGUAUGAAUGUCUAAAUGUGAAAGUGGUAAUAAGAUUAUUUUUAAAAGUUUUAAGAUUCAGGUUUGUGGAUUAACCUCCCAAAAAGCUGCUGUAGCUACAAGUAUUUUCCUGUCAAACUGAAGAGAUGUGCCCCAGAAACAAAAAGUGUGUUCACAAAUGUCACAGUAUUACUUUUACUAGGAUGCAAAUCUUAAUCACCCAGAAGCGUUUCACAAAAUCAUCAACAUGAGUGUUUAACCACGUCACACAGCCCCAGCUCAGACACGACCAAACACCAAGAAUCGGACCUGUGUUCAUGGAGUAAGAACAAGACAGAAAAACAUCCUCUAAAAGUAAGAACCUUAGAUCAGAUUUUUAUUUAUCAAACACUCAGAUGUCAUCAGCCAAAGCUGCCGUUCUGCAUUUCCAUCUGAGCAAACAAAGAAACAGACUUGCAUGGCAAACACUCGCACAGGUCUACACAAAGCGGCCUUACCCAUCACAUCCUAAUCAUAUUAAUGAAUGGAGGAAAGGGCAAAAGUAGCAGCUGCUCAAUAUUAUUAAAUGUCAUGUCACAUGGGGAGAAUCGAUGAGUCAAGGAGCUGAGUUUGUAAAAAAAAAUAAAACAAAAUAAACUCUGAAGGGCACACAAUGCAGACGAGAUGGUGAGAAGGUUAAUGUAGAUACUGAGGCUUAUCAAAAAAGAGGCUAAGGGCCAAAAAUUAAGUCUGCAGUAUGUCUUAAUAUUGUCGGAUUCUCUCUGUAGUUUGAGUAUCUCUGUGUAGUCCACAAUCUCUCAGGGUCCUUCUUUCACAGAUUGGCAGGACUGCUCUUUCUCUCUCUCUCUCAGGGUCUCCAACAUCAAUCCAGACAUAUUUCAUAGCAAACUGAAUUAAAGGUGUAAAAAAAGCCCACGUUCUCCUGCAUGUCUCUGGAUGCCUAUAGAGGAGCAGGCCUAUGAAAUCCUGCCUGAAACCAAGAGUCCAGUCUGGCAUUUUCACCAGCGAAUGUCCAUUCAGUUUAAGAGCGAGACUUCAUUUUCCUGCGGACUGAUUUGCCCGGACGUUUCUGAAAAACAAAAGAGAGAGAUAUUAAGUUUCUUUUUUUCUGCAGAGGAAACUGUUCACUGAGUAGUAUUAAAAUUCUCUUCAACCACUGUCCUUCAUUCAUCAAUCCAGACUAUCUUUGAAAUAAAUGAGUCACUCACA